UGGGUUCUCCCGGUACCGCCACCGGGAGGGGGAAGCUCGAGGUGCAGCCAGCACCAGCGUAAGAGCCCCGGGGGCUGCCGGCUGUGCCCUUGAGCCGCUCAGCUGGAGCAAAGCCAGUGGCACUGCCAUGCUGUCCCCUUGCCCCUGGCAGACCGGGGAGGCCGUGAGGGUGUUGCUGCAGCGGCUGCAGGAGCUGCAGGGCGAGCGGAUAGAGGCCUACCGGCUGCUGGAGCAGGGCCACCAGGCAUACCUGAGCAGUGCCCCCCACUAUGACUUCCCGCGGUACCGGCAGCUGGUGCACGAGGUCACGGUGGCCUUCAGCGGCAUCUCCCGGGAGGUGCUGGGCAUCGCCGGGCGCCUGCGGGACGAGCUUGCCCGCCCCGACCUGGCCCAGCACCUCGCCCGGCUCCAGGAGCGGGAGCAGGAGAAGCUGCAGCUGACAGCGCAGCUCCAGCUGGCCAGGCAGCAGGCACAGGACCAGCCCCAGGCAGAUGCCCAUCAGCAGGAGGUGCAGGAGCUCAAGCACAAGCUAAUUAAAACCAUUGAGGCAAUCAGCGAAAUUCUCCAGGACCUCAAGUACGACUCGGAAGAAGCCGAGUGAAGGGUGUCCCCGUGGGAACGGCUGCAGGGGCCGGCCCGUGGAGCGGGGGCCCCACUCCCCCCCGCCAGUCCCAGCCCCCUCCUGGGGUGGCCAUCAGGCACCCCCCCCUGGGCACCUUCCCCCAGGCCUUUCUCUCGAGCAGAGGGUGGAAGAGGUGGAGAAUCCCCUUCAGAAGCAGGGCUCCUCUCAGCCCUGAGCAUCCCUCAGCAGAGGGGCCUGGGCUGGGGCUGGCUCCUCGCUCCAGCUCUACCAGCGGGGGCUUUGCCCAAGUAAAACCCCAACCCGCAGCUCCAAGGGGCCACCUUGCUUUGCCCUUCGUUGAGCCAGGCAAUGCCUUUGGUGCCAGCUGGAGCCCCAUGGGCGGCAGCCCCC